AUGGGAGACCGCAACGAGAACGGCCGCGUCGUCAUGAUUGUACAUGCCAACUCUCCACGCAGGACAGACGGACCGGUUGGUAGUCCCGCUGGAAGUUCUAAUAAUCCACUGGCACUUAGUUUAAGUGCAAUGGAGGCUGACUGGAGACAACAACAGUUUCAACGCCAGCGCAUGCAGCUGCUCAGUAUGGCCAUUUUCUUGUGUUUUCUCGUCCUCUUUUUCGACAAUCGCGCUGGAGAAGCCCGCAAUGCUCGGCACAAUCGUGCCUCGACUGAUACAUCGGGUCACAAUCGCUAUUCGUUGCCACAGAACGCAUUCAAUGAUACAGACAGGGUUCAGAAGGUACAUGAGCUGGAGGCACUCCUUCAGGAGCAGCCGGGAUAUCGGCACCAAGAGUCGCCACUUAAUGUUACCGGUAUCUAUUCAGGCAUUUGGAAUUCUGUUGAGGCUGAAGUAUAUAAUGCUAAUCGACCUGUUUACGACGAUAUUAUCCCGUAUCUCAAAGUGGACCGAGAGAUACAAUUGCAGCAAUACUCGCAACCAGCAGAAAAAGGCAACACGUGGCUCUUUCUAAAAAUGAAAGCACCGGCUUCUAAAGAAUUGAUGACGGAGGUGGCGUACGUUACGGGACAAUUGGUUAUUUAUGAGGAGCAUGCAUCGCUGGCGGCCACAAUUCUACCAGUGCAAGGUGUUUUUCUUCGUAAAUUGGCCAAAUUGACGCUUUUUGGUAACAGUCCAGACUCAAGUGUUCAAAUUUUGUAUCGUAAAGGAGCAAAUGAUAGUGUGAAUGCGGCCGCUGUCGAGGAAUUCACGCAAGCAAUGUCAGAGGAUGACGAUGGAAAGUUGAAUUCAGAGACAUUGCCGAAUCAGUCAAGAGGAGAGAUGAUGAAUUUUGGUGUGCUGGAUGGCGUCCCAUCCGUGAAGAAUCGAGAUGAAUAUGCUGCGAUAGAUAUUUCACCACCAAAAUAUUCGUACGUUUCGCGGUUUCGGAGCAGUGACUCGUUUAGUGAUCAAUGUGUGAGUAUCGUGGAGAUGAUGCUGGUGAAUGAUACGAGCGAACCCUUAGACGAAGAAGAUGAAAAGUUGGAUGCAGCGACAAUGUUGCAAAAGUCAAUGAAUCGCAUGAAAUUGAAAGGCACUCUUGCUAGCGUUAACUGCGGUUUGUAUCUAAAGAUCGACACAACGUUUCAGGAAGAAAAUCUGAAUAUUUUCUUUGCAAAGGCUUCUCGCUACGCGGUGAUCAUGACUUUUAUUGCUAUGGCAGAAAUAUAUUUUUUGUUGCGACAGCUACAGAUAUCGAGCACGCAAGCGACUGCAGCAAAGGUCUCGUUGCUCACAAUCGGACAGCAAGCUAUCGUGGACUCAUAUCUGUGUUUGGGCCACUUGACCGUUGGUAUCGUUGCACAAAAUGUGUUUGCUGCUUUUGCUUCAGUCGCAUUUGUCAAGCUCAUCAUCUUUUCGGUAUUUGAGAUGCGGUAUUUGCUGAUCAUUUGGAAGGCACGAAGACCUCAAGGUUUUUCCGAAGGCUGGCUGACUUUGCGCCGGGAGCUAACGACACUCUACUCGCGAUUUUAUCUAUCGUUAUGUGCUGGGAUUGGUAUCUUUUAUAAUGCUUCGAACUAUCUGACUGUGCUGGUAUUUAUUUGCUAUUCAUUCUGGGUUCCACAAAUUGUGCACAACGCUCAUAAAGAGGUGCGGAAUCCAUUUGAUGCUGGAUACCUUUAUGGUAUCAGCGCACUGCGCUUAUUCUUACCGCUGUAUUUUUACGGUUGUCCGGACAACUUUCUUACUGCAUUUCCUAUGUACGAGAGUAAGGUAAACCCGCACUUUUGUUACGUCCUGUCGACAUGGAUGGGGCUGCAAGUGGGCAUUCUAGCACUGCAGCACCAGUAUGGUCCGAGAUUUUUCGUGCCUGCGCGGUUUUUACCUGUGAGGUAUAAUUAUGAGCGGCGCAUUAAUCUGCAGCAGUUGAUUCCAUUAAAGGAUAGUGACAACUCGAUCGACUGUGUGAUCUGUAUGGUGGAGCUAGAUAUUGAAGCACGCGACUACAUGAUCGCACCAUGUGACCACAUUUUCCACCGCGAAUGUCUGCACGGCUGGAUGCAGGUCAAGAUGGAGUGUCCGACGUGUCGACAUGUCCUUCCAGAGCCUUAA